CGCCGCCAUGACAGGUUGGUCCUAAAGGGAACGAGGCAACUUGCCGGUUCUGUAACCGGAAAAAACGAGGCAGGGACAGCUGACCUGGGCGCCGCCAUGACAGCCUGCACCGGAAAAGGCGGGGCUCUUCUCCCUGACUGAUUUCCCUCCGGCACCGGCCUCGAGAUGCAGGCGGCCCUGGAGGUCACUGCUCGCUACUGUGGCCGGGAGCUGGAGCAAUAUGGCCAGUGUGUGGCGGCCAAGCCUGAGUCAUGGCAGCGGGACUGCCACCACCUUAAGAUGAGUAUCGCUCAAUGCACAUCCUCCCACCCAAUCAUCCGGCAGAUCCGCCAGGCCUGUGCUGAGCCUUUUGAGGCCUUUGAGGAGUGUCUUCGACAGAAUGAGGCAGCAGUGGGCAACUGUGCAGAGCACGUGCGCCGCUUCCUGCAGUGUGCUGACCAGGUGCAGCCACCACGCUCACCCUCGAAUGUGGAGGCACAGCCGCUUCCUGCCUCCUGAGGACUCUUUGAGCCAUAGGAAAACUAGACGUGAGUGGCCACUUGAUGCCCCCACCCCUGAAGAGUGGCCAGGUGAAAUCAUGAGGACCCUGGAUGUGGGUCUUGCUUCUCUGGACAGCAGGACUUACAAUAAAUAAAGACUCUAUAUACCGGGCUUUGAUUCCUGCCUUCAGCACCUGAGGGGCCCCUGGAGAGCUGGCUGGGCAGAAACCCUGCUCCUCUGUUCCCCAGCUUCACUUAGUGUGCCAAAGAAGGACGUGUUCACCAGGGUUAAGCUGACUCCUCUUCUUCCCUUGUUAACUCUGCCAACAGCCACUUCCUGUCUCCUGCACAGACAUGGGAAAAGGCUCUCUCUCCCUUCCACUUUAGCAUUUACCAAGUCUUUAUUGAGUGUUUACCUGAGGCUUGGAGGGCAAUAAA